CAGAGCCACACACUUCUUUGAUGUGAGGAUGAGCGCUGCUAGGGUUUGCGUUCCAGGUACCGGCGGAUGCAGCGGCACUGCCAACAUCGCCAGGGGAGGCCGCGGAUCAGCGCUGCUGCUGGGCGACGCCUCUCUUCGGUUCAGGUGGGAGGCUUGGCGCCAGGAUUUGAGGGUAGGCCACGGGCGCUCCAUCACAGCUGUGGUAGAAUGCGUCGCCUCCGAUGCGUCGAGCGUCGAGGUGAAGGAUUCCGGAAAUGUGGACGUGGAGGAGGCUAAGGAAGAUCCGGCAGACGAUGCGGAGGCUAAGGAUUCGCUCGACAGUGCUGCCGAGAGCGAUGAAGAGAAGGAUUCGUCCGAGAAAGAAGGGAAGGGGUCUUCUACUUACUGGCAGAACUUUCAAGCCAUUCGUGCUCGGAGGCUGCAAGACUGGAAAAGAGCUGAGAGCUUCCAAAAGAAAGGAGGGAUUUUCCAAGCUAAGAUAGAGUCCUUCAAUCAAGGUGGCGUGGUGCUUCGUUUCUACAGUUUACGUGGUUUCUUGCCUUACUCUCAGCUGAGUUUAGCUCGGCUACCCCGAGACACGUCCAAGACUGUUAUGGAUGUGGGGAAAGAACUUAUCGGAAAGUCUGUCCCUGUCUUGGUCAUUGAAGCUGACAGAAAAAAGAGAAAGUUGGUGUUUUCCGAGAGGAAAGCUCUCUGGUCGCAGUUUGGCUCGAAGAUUCAGAUAGGAAACGUACUGGAUGGCCAAGUUACCGGCAUAGUUGAUUAUGGAGCCUUUGUGGACAUUCGCUACGCAGAUGGAACAUACCCUGCGGUGGGCUUGGUUCAUGUGAAGGAAAUCUCCUGGGAUACUGUAACUAAUCCGCGAGACGUACUAUCAGUCGGCCAAGACGUGAAAGUAAAAGUGACCGGGAUUGACGAAGAAAGCAUGAGGUUAGCGUUGUCUAUAAGGCAACUGGAACCUGACCCACUCAUGGAGACUCUGGAUACAUUGAUGCCAAAGGAUUCUUCAACGGAACCUGGCUCAAGCGACUCAGACGAGCAGCUGUUAAACUCACCUCUACCUGGGAUUGACAAGAUCUGUGAGGAGCUGGAGAAGGAAAGCGGAGUAACUGCAGUGACUCUGGGUAGGCAAAAGCUCGAGAAGCACGUCGUGUCGCAAGAUUUGGAACUCUGGCUUUCACAGGGUCCGGUUGAAGACGGGCAUAUCACCCUCUUAGCACGCGCAGGCCGACAGGUUCAAGAAGUUCACGUAACAACAUCACUGGGAAGAGAUGAAAUGAAAGUUGCCGUGAAACGAGUCACGCAAAAGAUCCCGUGAGUUGUACAAAACGCUUGUACAUGAAGCUUUCCGGUUUGAGCUCA